UCGGCUGCCCGCCCCUGAGUCUGGAGAGCAGCAGCAGCAGCAGCAGUGGAGCUUCACUGCCUCUCCUCGCCUCACAGUGCGGGAAUAUACCAGCGGAGAGCAGAAUGGAUACGGAAGGGAGCCAGAGCAGCCUGUCCUCCGGCACGGACAACUCCCCCCACGACCCCUGCAAAAUGUUCAUCGGGGGUCUGAGUUGGCAGACAACACAAGAGGGCUUGAAGGAGUACUUCUGUAAAUUUGGCGAGGUGAAGGAGUGUAUGGUGAUGCGGGAUCCCGUUACCAAGCGGUCGAGGGGGUUUGGGUUUGUAACAUACGCAGAACAAGCCGGCGUGGAGAAGGUUUUGGCGCAAAACAGACACGAGUUGGACUCCAAAACGAUCGACCCGAAGGUGGCGUUCCCCCGCCGGGCUCAGCCUAAGCUGGUGACUAGGACAAAGAAGAUCUUUGUCGGAGGACUGUCAGUCAAUACCACCAUUGAAGAUGUGAAGCAUUACUUCGACCAGUUUGGAAAGGUCGACGAUGCCAUGCUAAUGUUCGACAAAACAACCAACAGACACAGAGGUUUUGGCUUUGUUACCUUUGAGAAUGAAGACGUGGUGGAAAAAGUGUGCGAGAUCCACUUCCAUGAGAUCAACAACAAAAUGGUCGAGUGUAAGAAAGCCCAGCCCAAGGAAGUGAUGACGCCGACGGGCUCAGCCAGGGGCCGCUCCAGAGUGAUGCCUUACGGGAUGGACGCCUUCAUGCUGGGAAUCGGCAUGCUGGGCUACCCGGGCUUCCAGACUACUACCUACACCAGCCGCAGCUACUCUGGCAUUGCUCCUGGUUACACUUACCAGUUCCCAGAAUUCCAUUUAGAGAGGACCCCCCUCCUGACAUCAUCCCACCCCCCUGAGCUGGCAGCCAUUCCCCUGACUGCAUAUGGACCAAUGGCGGCAGCCGCAGCAGCAGCAGUAGUUAGAGGCUCCACCCCUUCACGCACAGCUGGUUUCCUGGGAACCAGCAGCCCUGGACCAAUGGCUGACCUGUAUGCUGCAGCCAAUCAGGACUCAGGAGUCAGCAGCUACAUCAGCGCCGCUAGCCCCGCCCCUAGCACAGGGUUCGGCCACGGUCUAGGGGGUCCUCUGAUUGCUACUGCGUUCACUAAUGGCUACCACUGAGACAGCUCAGGUCACUGAAGACGGGAGGGUUUCUCCUCUGCUGAUGAGCCAAUCGAAAUGCUGGCUGCCCACUGAUGGCACAAACCUGAUUGGCUGGCCACAGGCUCCACCGGGCUCUCCUGGCUCCCUGUGGCUCCACCCACCGACUGAAUAUCUUUUUAAAUCCUGAACUCUGUUUUGCUGUACUAAUCUCACUUCAAACAUAACGUCCCCGUCUUCUCCUUUUUUGUCCUGUAGUCUAAUAACUAGAUCCCCCCCUCCUCCAUCUGUUAUCCUUUAUUUCUCUUUUGAAGCUGAGACAAGAAAACUGCGAAAAAGAAAAAAAAAAUCUCUGAGGAAACACUUGUCAUCUUUGACAAAGACACAGAGGACUAUUUUGAGUUGGUUUUUUUUAUUAUUAUUAUUUUAUUUCAAUGUGAUAUGUCGUUUCAUCAUGAAAUCCUUCAAAGCUGUUACGGAUGUGAACAGAGAGAGAAAAAGCCGUGCGAGAUGGGUCUUUGUCCGAAAACCAUUUUUAACUAAGGAAGAACAAACACAACAAAGUCCGUUUUUUAACUCGAACAUCACGGAAAACACGAAAAAAAGCUAAAAUGUAUAUUUUGGUAGUCUUUAAAAACAAAACCUUUGUAAUAUUGUUAUUAAUAUUGACAUAAUAAUGAUAAUCUGUAAGGUAUUUUAUUCUGUAAUUGGUUUUAAAGCAAUGUUUUUAUGUCUUCCUGUAAGAUAUUGUACAUAAUCGUUGGGUUGUGGGGGGGUGGAGGGGUUACUGAACCGGCUGGCAUGUCAUUGGUUGGUUUGGAAAGGGUUAACAGCAAUUUGACUGGAUGUCAUCUACUACUAUGUGUGGUCAUCUCACUACUUUGAUCCGUAUGCAUAUGGUAUAUAUGUGUACGUUGCUGUCCAGUCUGCUCCGGCGAUUGCUCCGGCGACGCUUUUCAGCGCAGAGCUGUCGAGAAACAAAACUUCCAGGAGUUCGUCUGGCGUACUCGUUCAGUUAAACAGUUUUGUUACGAAGUCGUCACCUUGCUUCUUGAAAAAGCAACUUUGACUCUACGAUUCUAACACCAUGAUGAACCAGAUUUCUUGCAUCUUGGCGAAAAGAAAAAACAGGUCAGAUUUGAGACGAUGGACUACGCAAGAAUCACAACCGUAAAACAGGAGAAAUCAGGGGUUCGUGGGGUCGGGGGGUUGACUUGACUUCCUCUUUUUUGAAAAUAUUAUAUAUAUUUUUUGGCGCGAUUCACUUCUUAAUGUUUUUUGUUUUGUUAUUGUUUUUCUUUUUUUAAAAAAAGUUCUUUUAUGCGGUGUUCUCCGCCGUGAAAACAAAAUGAAGGACAUUCUCAGAGAAGCAAUUGUAGAAAAACAUCACAAUCAUGUUCUGUCCUCUUAUCACUAUUGAAGGUGCAUGUGAUUGCGUCUGAGUGUGUGUGAGUGAGUGUUUGUACGCAUACAUCAAGGUGUAAUAUGGAACUACUUUUGGCAAACGAAGGAGCAUUUCGAUUGCCUGUGUUUUUGGUACUGAAAAAAAAAAAAA